GUCUCAAGUAUUACAGCAUAAAAUAUUUCGACAGUAUUUAGCCGACUAAGACGUUUUUCAUUGCAACACAGAUUUGUGUGAACUGUGAGCUAUUCUUUUAGACAUUUUUUGCAGUUGCAGAACGAAUAAAAAGCAAUAAAAAAAAUGAGUGGAUUGUACAUUGUUCAAGUGGCUAUAUGCAUUUGUUUCAUGGACGGCUUUGAUGGACAACCGUUGUAUGAAGACAAAUGCCAUGUCGAUGAGAUGGACAGACGUUUCAACGGAGCUUACAAUAGAGAAGUGGUAUUGCAAAGACAAAUUGGCAGUUUAAAAAAUCAACUUGACUCCUUUAGAGAGACAAUAGAACGUUUACAAUUUCAUCUUGGAUGUUUAAAUGAGAACGGAACAUAUCUCGAAGACAACGUUACAAAGAGUCGAUACUGUUUCAUUAAAGCACCUUUCAACUGGAAAAAUGCCAAGGGUAAAUGCCAAUCAUUUGGGUCACAUCUUCUUGAGAUCAACACAGAAUCAGAACAGAAAUGGUUGAGAGAUAAAGUUUCGAGCUCGGAAGGAAUGUGGUGGAUCGGACUUGUAUUACACACCGUAGAACACUUAUGGAUUUGGGAUCAUUCGGAGAGUGCAUCGACAUUAAAAAACUGGCAUCCAGCAGAACCCAAUGGUGAAGGACUUGAGAAGUGCGCCCUGGUAAAAAAAGAUGGCAGGUGGCGUGAUUAUCCUUGCACUAGCAAGUUCUACUUUAUUUGUGAAAGAAAAUAAGAGAGAAAUUAUCACGGGAAAAAGUGGUCAAUAACUUAAAACAUUGAUGUCAGAUCUACAUGUAUCACCCAGUGAUAAGGAGUUAAACAAAAAUGCAUGUAUAUAUUACGUUCUUUAUUUUGUAAUCUAUAUCAGCUAAUCAAAACAUAAAAUGAGAAAGAUAUGAAUAUCCACGUUAAAUGACACAGGUACAUAAAAGAAUUAUUCUUUUUUUAAUAUAAGUAUAUAUUAGAUUAGUUCUCGUAAUAUGAUUUCGUGCUGAUUAUUUCAUUCGUACGGGGUGUUCCAUAAUAUCCUAUACCAUUUGAAAUUCUUAAAUAAUGUUUGACCAAAACUUUAGAAUUGUGAUUCAAUUUAAAAAAAAAAAAGGAAACGAAAGUGUAUUUUUCUAUUUAAACAAUUAAGGUGAAAAUAUGCCUUUCAUCGACUUAUGAUGUCACAAUAUUGCAUCAUAUUUCUUUAGUUUAAUUGAUUUUUUUUUCACAAUGAAUCGGACAAGAAAGCAAGCAUCUUGCUUUUAAAGGCUGCUUUUUUAAACACAUACUCCAGAUACAGUUCUACGAGUUAUGAAACAAGAAUACUCUAGGUAAAAACAACUCAACAAGCACCGGCUUCAUUAAAGAAAAAAAAUUAGUUGUUUUUUUUCUGGGACACCUCGCAUAUAGACUACAUUUAACUUUUUUUGUUUAUAUUUAUUGAUAAUGCUCAUAUAUAUAUUGAAACAAUGCUUUGAUGU